AUGCUAGGAGUGGUUAGUUCUACUAAAGGUAAUGUAGAUAAUAGUGGUUCGGUUGAGGGAAAUAUGGGAGGUGGUGGUCAUAGUAAGGGCAAUCCGAUGAGUGGUUGUUUUAAUGAGGGCAAUAUGGGUAGUGGUGGUGUUGUUGAGGGCAAUAUGGGUAAUUGUGGUUUUGUUAUGGGCAAUGUGGGUAGUGGUGACGCUAUUGAGGGAAAUACAAGAAAUGGUGGUAGUGCUUAG